UGUAAAUGUCAAAAUUCAUUUUUCGAAAUUUAAGUGUUUUCACUAAAAAGUAAUUGUACACAAAAUGGCAACUUACGCUCAAUCAGUAACUUCAAAGUUACAGUCUCUAGACAUCUGUAAUAUUCCAUUUUUAAUGGAAAGUAAGUUUAAACUGUGCUCUGAUUCCUGUGACCAAAAAAAUAAAAAUAGUCUUGUUCCCGGUGAACCUGAUGGUCCAUAUAUAAAAACCGAAAUUCCUGGUCCUAAAUCUAAAGAAGGUAUAAAGAAUUUAAGCAAUUUACAGAUGGUUCAGUCAGUACAGUAUUUAGCAAACUACCAAAAAUCAAUAGGAAAUUAUAUAGUGGAUGCUGACGAUAAUGUUUUGUUAGACACGUAUAUGAAUAUUGCAACAAUAGCACUGGGCUAUAACCAUCCAGCUAUUUUGGAUACUUUUAAAGAUCCGCGUCAUAUAAAAUGCAUGAUAAAUAGGUCAGCACUUGGGGUUUUUCCUUGCAUGGACUGGCCCUCACGAAUGGAAAAUAUUUUGAAAUCAGUAUCACCGAAAUUACCCAAAAUUCAGAUGAUGAUGUGUGGAGCUUGUUCCAAUGAAAACGCCGUUAAGCAAGCUUUUGUAGCUUACAGAAUGAGAGAAAGAGGAAACAAGGACUUUAGUGAUGAAGAGAAACAAUCGUCUAUUUUCAACCAACCACCAGGAAGCCCUCAUCUGUCCAUUUUAUCCUUUAAUGGAGCAUUUCAUGGAAGAACCCUCGGAAUUUUAUCUGCAACACAUUCAAAACCGAUACAGAAAUUGGAUUUUCCAAGCUUUAAUUAUUGGCCAACGGCUAAUUUUCCAGUUUAUAAGUAUCCUUUGGAAGAAAACCGCAGAGAAAAUAAAGAGAUUGACUGCCUGUGUCUCGAAGAGGUAAAAGAAAUAUUCCACAGGCAAAAAAAGUGUGCGCCUGUUGCAGGAGUUAUAAUUGAACCCAUACAAUCAGAAGGUGGCGAUAAUCAUGCAUCAGCUGAGUUUUUCAAAGAUCUUCAACAAAUCUGUAAAGAUAAUUUCGCUUAUUUAAUCAUGGAUGAGGUUCAAACGGGUUGUGGUAGCACCGGAAAGUUUUGGUGUCAUGAAUAUUUUGAUUUACCAUGUCCUCCAGACUUUGUAACUUUUAGUAAAAAAAUGCAAGCAGCAGGUUAUUUUUACAGUGAUGCAGUAAAAGUUAAACACGGUGGAAGAAUAUUUAACACCUGGAUGGGUGAUCAAGGCAAGGCUAUUAUCUUAGAAGCCAUCCUCAACACCAUCAAAUGCCAGAAUUUAUUAGAUCAAGUGAAUACCUCUGGCAGGAAUUUAUUAUGUGGUCUGAAAGACUUAGAGCACGAGUUUACGCCUUUGAUUGAUUCCGUGAGAGGAAGAGGGACUUUUAUUGCGUAUAACGUUAAAGACGAAAAGACAAGGGAUGCUGUGGUAAUUAAAUUAAAGAAAAAUGGUAUUCAAGCUGGAGGAAGUGGUACUCGAACAAUUCGUUUAAGGCCAGCGCUGGUGUUUCAGGAGCAUCACGGUGACAUCUACUUAGAGAUAUUACGGAAGGUAUUAAAAGAAAUAAAGGGUGGUGCAAAACGUUGUUAGAUUUUAUGGUGUGUUCAAAAUAUAUAUUUGAAAU